AUGCAUCUCAUGUACACGGUUGAUGCCGCCGGCAAGCGCGCCUACACUCUCCAGAAAGUUAUCAGUGGUGAGGUGACCAAGAGUGCGCAUCCGGCUCGUUUCAGCCCGGAUGAUAAGUACUCGCGUCAUCGCGUUACCUUGAAGAAGAGAUAUGGAUUGCUUUUGAUUCAGCAGAGUGAGUUUUGUUCUUUUUUAAAGUUUGGAGUUGCGGGGUUAUGGGAGGAGAGAGGUUGUGAGAGGGGAGGGGAGAUGAGGGAAAGGGGGUAG